UGUAAGUAUAUUUUGUGAGCUCUUGCAUGUCGUAUUAUAUCAGAAUUGAACGAGAAGGACCUGGCAAAAGGAUAUAUUUCAGAAUGUUUUUGUUGGCUACUGUGAUCGAUGGGAUCCUGUCUGAUUCUCAACAUCAGCCCAAUGCUUCGGAUAACCAAUUCGUCAACCCAUCAACCACCAAUCAUGAAGCAUAUCAAUUCGCCAUCAAUCAUCACUGGCGAUCACCCCCGCAUCAGUACAGCUAUAUCAAGAUCAAUCUGCCUCUAUUAUUAGUCUCACGAUCGAUUGUUCGACUCGUUAUUAUUUCUAAUCAGUGAAGAUGUCACCAUCUGCCACCACAGCUAGCCCAACGGGCCAAUCCAUCCUAAACACGGCAAAGGCCCAAGAUGGCAAAGUGAAACGCAUCCACAAGAUUCCAGAGUUUUCCACCAAAGAAGCUACGAGACAAUGGCAACUGGGACAAAUGGCUGCAGCAUUUCGUGUGUUUGCCAAACUUGGGUAUGCUGAUGGAAGCAGUGGCCAUAUUAGUUUGAGAGAUCCUGUUGAUCCAGAAACCUUCUGGAUCAAUCCAUAUGGCGUUCACUUCGGGUUAUUAACCGUAUCUGAUAUGGUUCACAUUGAUGAGAAUGGCAAUCGUAUCGGAGGUGCAGAGAAACCUGUCAACACAGCUGGUUUCAUCAUUCACGCCGCCAUUCACAAACGUCGACCAGACAUCAACGCUGCUUGUCAUCUUCACAGUCCGUACGGCAGAGCUUGGUCAACCUUUGGCAAGCCCAUCGAAAUGAUCAAUCAAGACAGCUGUAUGUUCUACAACGAUCUCGCCGUCUAUGCCAAUUUUGGGGGAGUCGUUUUCGCCAAGGAAGAAGGCAAUAGGCUUGCUGAUGCUCUUGGAGCCACCAAGAAGAACAUCAUUUUGCAGAACCACGGCCUUCUUACUUCGGGGGGUACCAUUGGUGAAGCAGCAGCAUUCUUCAUCGCUUUGGAGCGAGCAUGCCAGGCACAAUUGCUUGUAGAAGCUGCUGUGGCUCCGAAUGGAUCUCAGCUCAAGAAGUCUAUCGUUAGUGACGAGGAGGCACAAUACACAAAAGACAAUACGGGAAGCCCUGAGGCAAUGUAUAUGCAGUUUGAGCCCGAGUAUCAGAUGCUUCUCAAGGAAUCCAAGGGCGACUUUUUGCAAUAAGCAGGCACAUUGUUGCAUAAUACAAAUCCCAUCAAUUGAACAAAACUUGAACCUUUGACGAUAUGCUGGGCAUUGAUGGCACAGUAUCUUGGCAUUCCUCUGAUUCGUCUGAGGGUAGAUGGCCCUAUGGCUAAAUCCUCCGCAUUACUUAACGGUCUACGAUCACCUGCAACCUAUGACACUAUAAAAGGCGAGUUGCUCUCAGCUUCCCAUCGUAUCGGCAACUCGACUUCCACCAGCUUGUUCUCAUCGUCGGAGAUUUCUGUAUGAGCCGAUGAUAAUCUGGUCUAUAAGAACGUGGAUCUCCCUUAUAAAUAGUUUAAACAGCCAUAUAUUAGUAUCCAAUUGGUUGCCAUGA